UAUUAUUGCACUACUCUAGCAGAUGAUCAUGAACAACAUUAUUAUCUUCGCCAUUUUUCCCUCUCUUCUCUUUAUUCAUCUUCUCAUCAAAUGGCUCUGCAAAACCACGCACAAAAAAUUACCGCCUUCACCACCAAAGCUUCCCGUCCUUGGAAACCUCCACCAACUCGGCCUCUUUCCCCACCGCUCCCUCUGCUCACUUGCUCAGCGCUACGGCCCGCUCAUGCUGCUCCGAUUCGGAAGCCGGCCAACGCUAAUCGUCUCGUCUCCGGAUGCCGCUUCCGAAAUCAUGAAAACCCAUGACAUCAUCUUCUCCAACCGACCAAGAAUGAGCAUCGCCGACAGACUUCUCUACGAGGGGAAAGAUGUGUCGACAGCUCCUUACGGCGAGUACUGGAGGCAAAUGAAAAGCAUUUGCGUGGUGCAUCUUCUGAGCAACAAGAGAGUUCGCUCUUUCGGAGCUGAGAGAGAAGAAGAAGUCGCCAUGUUCAUCGGGAAGAUCAGAGAAUCUUGCUCGUUUUCGUUGCCGGUGAAUUUGAGCGAAAUGCUUGCCACCCUUACAAACGAUGUGACAUGCAGGGUGGCUUUUGGGAAGAAGUAUAGCGCCGGCAGUGAAGGUGGGAGGGAAUUUCAAGGAUUGCUGGGAGAGCUUAUGAGCCUUCUGGGUGUUUUCAAUGUGGGGGACUUCAUCCCAUGGCUGGCUUGGGUGAAUCGAAUCAAUGGCUUGGAGGCUCGAGUGAAGAAAGUCGCUAAAGAGUUUGAUAAAUUUCUGGAUGCCAUCGUGGAACAGCACAUUUGCAGCCUGAAAAGAGAGAGCAAUGGGGAUGGAAGUGUUAGAGGGGAAGAUCAUAAAAACAAUUUAGUUGACGUUUUGCUUGCGAUUCAAAAGGAUAACGUGACUGGCGUUGCCAUUGACAGAGAAAGCAUCAAAGCUCUAAUCUUGGAUGUGUUUGCUGCUGGAACUGAUACAACUUACAGAGUCCUAGAAUGGGCAAUGUCAGAACUCUUAAGGAACCCUAGAGUGAUGAAGAAGUUACAAAAUGAGGCAAGGGGAAUCGCACGAGGCAAAACCAGCAUAGCUGAGGCUGAUUUACAGGAAAUGCAUUAUCUAAAAGCCUUGAUCAAAGAGACCCUUCGCUUAUAUCCUCCAUUCCCAUUACUAGUUCCCAGAGAAUCCACCCAAGAUGUUAACAUAAAGGGCUAUGACAUUGCUGCAGGAACUCUAGUUUUCACUAAUGCAUGGGCAAUUGGAAGAGACCCAUCGAUGUGGGACGAACCAGAAGAGUUCCGGCCAGAAAGGUUCUUGAAUUCUUCUAUAGAUUUCAAAGGACAUGAUUUCCAACUGAUCCCAUUUGGAGCUGGAAGGAGGGGAUGCCCAGGAAUUCAAUUUGCCAUCACUACCAAUGAGCUUGUGUUGGCAAAUCUAGUGCACAAGUUUGAUUGGGCAUUGCCUGGUGGAGCAAGAGCUGAAGAUUUGGAUAUGAGCCAAUCCACUACCAUCGUCAGAAAAGUUCCCCUCCUCGCUGUUGCAAUUCCAAAUUCUUAAAUUAAAAGUUAAUAAUGAUUCAUCACAAAUCUAAUAAUGAUUUAAAAUUACAUCAAUAAAACAAUUGUGUAUAAUAUCACUAACUAGGUGUUAUGUGAAGAUUCUCUAUUUGUAUUUUAAUCUUCUUAAAUUUGGAAAUAUUAUAAUA